AUGUAUUCAGAGAAUCGAACUUCACAGAAUCAAACAUUGAAUACUGAUUUCAUGCUUGUGGGGCUCUUUGGUGAAACCAAACACGCCCUCCUCCUCUACACUGUGACCUUCAUCUUCUUCCUGAUGGCCCUGGCUGGGAACGCCCUCCUCAUCACCCUCGUCCACCUGGAGCCCCGCCUGCACACCCCCAUGUACUUCUUCAUCAGCCAGCUCUCCCUCAUGGACCUCAUGUACAUAUCUGUGACUGUGCCCAAGAUGCUCGUGGGCCAAGUGACAGGAGAUCAUACAAUUUCUCCCUGAGGUUGUGGGAUCCAGAUGUUCUUCUAUCUGAUGCUCGCUGGAGCAGAGACUUUUCUCCUGUCUGCCAUGGCCUAUGACAGAUAUGCUGCCAUUUGCAGACCUCUCCAUUAUCCUCUGCUGAUGAACCAGAGAGUCUGUGUAUGCCUAGUGUCUGGAUGCUGGUUCCUAGGAAUGGUGGAUGGUUUGUUGCUCACACCCAUAGCCAUGAGCUUCCCCUUUUGUCAUUCCAGAAAAAUCUUGAGUUUCUUCUGUGAGGCUCCUCUGCUGAAAUUGUCCUGUUCUGACAUCUCUCUCUACAAGAUGGUAAUGUACCUGUGCUGUGUUCUCAUGCUCCUCAUCCCCACUGUGGUCAUCUCAAGCUCAUAUGCCCUCAUCCUGCACCUCAUCCACAGAAUGAGCUCAUCGGAGAGCCGCAGGAAAGCCUUUGCCACCUGCUCCUCCCACGUGAGUGUAGUGCUGCUCUUCUUUGGUGCCACCAUCUACACCUGCAUGCUUCCCGAUUCCUACCGCACAGCUGAGCAGGACAUGAUGGUGUCAGCCUUUUAUACCAUCAUCACCCCUGUGCUGAACCCCCUCAUUUACAGCCUCCGGAAUAAGGAUGUCACAGGGGCUCUGCGGAGCAGGAUGCAGUCAGGGCUGAGCCUAAGGAAAGGUGUAAAGAGGAAAGCCUGA